GGUCCCCGGGCCUGGGCUCCGGUGACUACAGACAAGUGCGCCGGGCACACGCGGCUGGGACAGCGACCGGUGCUCGAGCGGCUCUGGAAGGAAUGCGGCCUUGGGGACACGGCCUCUCCUCGAAAAGGAGAGUGAUUCGGGGCGGGGGAGCACAAAAGUUUUCUUUGAAGAACGUCAUAAGGUUACUGAAGGAUGGCAGAAGCAGUGUUGAUUGAUCUCUUUGGUUUGAAAUUGAACUCUCAGAAAAGCUAUCAUCAGACAUUGCUGAAGACGUUGAAUGCUGUUCAGUACCACCACGCUGCCAAGGCCAAGUUCCUUUGCAUAAUACGUUGCGGUAACAUCGGCUGUGAAAGAGACAGUGACCAUGAUAACUAUGAAGUAGAAACAAGCAAUGGAUUAUCAACUCUCUUCAGAGAAUUUGAGACUGUUAGCAAUCCCAGCAUGGCUGCCUGUUUGUAUACCAUUAAACAAAAAAUUGAUGAAAAAAAUCUGAGCAGCAUUAAGGUAAUUGUACCCAUGCACCGGAAGAACUUAAUGAAGGCUUUUAUUGAUCAACUCUUCACUGAUGUUUACAAUUUUGAAUUUGAAGAUUUACAGGUGACUUUAAGGGGAAGUCUUUUGAAACAGUCCAUAGAAAUAGACAAGAUCACAGCUCAAGAACUAGAAGAAAUCCAGAACGAAGUCGAAACAUAUUUGAGAAGUCUGCCAGCACUUAAAGGAGAGUUAACCAUUAUCACAUCUCCAUUGAUCUCAGAUAUCUUCAUACAUGGAUUUACUACGAGGACUGGUGGGAUAUCUUAUAUACCAACUCUCAGUUCAUUCAAUCUCUUCAGCAGUUCCAAACGGAGAGAUCCCAAGGUCGUUGUUCAAGAAAACCUGCGUCGGCUGGGGUCUGCUGCAGGAUUCGAUGCAAAAAAAUUUUACCGAAUAAAGACUGAUCAUGCCAAUGACGUCUGGGUCAUGGGAAGGAAGGAGCCUGAAUCUUAUGAUGGAAUAACCACAAAUCAGAGGGGAGUCACAAUAGCGGCUCUUGGUGCUGACUGUAUACCGAUAGUUUUUGCAGAUCCGGUCAAAAAAGCAUGCGGCGUGGCUCACUCUGGUUGGAAAGGUACUUUGUUAGGUGUUGCUAUGGCUACAGUGAAUGCUAUGAUAACAGAAUACGGCUGUAGUUUGGACGAUAUUAUUGUCGUACUGGGGCCUUCGGUAGGGCCUUGCUGUUUUACUCUUCCAAGGGACUCAGCCGCGGCAUUUCAUAACCUUGACCCUGCGUGCGUGCGGCUCUUCGACUCCCCCGAUCCCUACGUCGACAUUCGGAAAGCCACCAGGAUUCUUCUAGAACGGGGAGGAAUUCUACCGCAGAAUAUUCAGGACCAGAAACAGGAUCUCAGCCUCUGUACAUCCUGCCAUCCUGAGAAGUUCUUCUCCCACGUCCGAGAUGGCCUUAAUUUUGGCACGCAGAUUGGCUUCAUAUCAAUCAGAGAAUGAGGAACUUGACUGGAUUUCUAUGUAACUGUUUCCUGCCUUCUUCCAAACUGACUGCAAAGGAGAAAUUUAGCUGUUUGAUUUCCUUAAUCCAUUACAAUGGAUAAUUUAUCUUUAGGUUAAAAUUCCAGUAUUAUCCAAAGCUAAAUGAUUUUCAUUUGAUUCUAACAAUAACUGACAAAAAAAUUAGCAUGAUGUGGUUUAUACAUUUUAUACAGAUGAGGAUUAUUCUUAAAGUUGGUUCUGUUUGUUACAUAAAUCAGGAAUCGGUCCGUUCAGUUCUGUAUUUACAGGUUCCCUUCUAUUUGUCAGUCAUUAUCUGAAGCAUAGGUGAAAGAAAGGUGAGUAAGACUUUUCCUAUUUGACUCUAAUGCACCAGAGGAGUUAAAAAGUUCUAACACUUUAAUUUUAAUAGCAGUAGAAGAGUCCAGAAGAAGGCAGGAUUAAUUCUUUCUGGAAGGCAGGAUAGAGAAGAUAUUACAGAGAAAAUGAGAUCACAUGGGCCUGAAAGAUGCAUGAGCUGUUGACAAAUAAGAAACUACUGUAACAGGUCGAGAGAACAUCAUGAACUAGAGCAUGAAACUGAAAACGUAUCAUGUGUUUUAGAGGGAGAAGGGUGUGGACAGGAGUUAACUGGAAAAACAGGCUGGAAGCAGAUUAUCUAGGGUCUUAAAUGCCAGGUCAAAGAGUUGGGAGUUUAUUUCCCAGGCAAAGAGUAGGUAUGAAAAGUAGAGGAGUGUCUGUAUUUCCUUGACAUCAUGUUUAACAGGAUAGAUUUAAAUUGUGAGACCAAAGCAGAGAGACUAGUUCAGAGGCAGCCAGAAUACUUUAUAAAGGAAAUAAUGAAGCCUGAAUGAAGGUAUUGGACAUUAAAAUGGAGAAGAGAAUAGGUGGAUUAGAGAGAACUUUCAGAGAUGGAAUCAGUAAGUUGUUAAUAGAUAAUGGAGAUGAGUGGGGAGGGAGUAAAGUCAUUCGUGACUCCAAGAUUUCUGCUCGGCCCACGACCAAGAGUGACAGCAAAGAGACAGAGGAGGUUCGAGACGAGGAAGAAGGAAAAUAAGUUUGACACGCAGAACAGAGUAUAUCCGGGUGGAGAUAUUCGGUCAACAAUUAGAAAUAUAGACUUGGAACCUAGGAGGGAGCCGGGAAACAGAUUGAGAUUUAGAGGCUGUUGGAGCAGGCUGCCCAUUGAAGCAGAAUUAUAGGCUGAGACAAAAGGAGACCCAAGGAUGAAACCUCAUCCAACACCUGCAUUUGAAGAACAAGAAGCUGAACCAGUAAAAAGCAUUAAGAAGUAAGAAAAAAAACAUUGCGAGUAUAGUCGUUUUGAAGAAAGAAGCCCGUGGACAUGUGAGAGGUACAGUGAACAUCCGAAGGUUUCUUCAAGAAGAAUUCUUCAGAGAUCAGAUGAGGACUGAGGAGAAACUAAUGGGUUAGCCAUGCUGAGCUGUUCUCAUGGUGGCGGAGUCAGACUCACCGGGGAAGGGGACGCACAGGCGUCUUCUGUGACAGAACUUACUAGAGAAGAUAAAGCACUCAGGCCGUAUCUUGAAGGAAGGGCGUGUUUUGUUUUGUUUUUCAUUUGUUUUGUUUUUGUGUUUUGUGGGGGUUGGGUUUUAUUUGUAGGCUGAAGAGGAGAGGCAUUAAGUUGUUUUUCAUUUGGGAAAAAAUGGUAUAGUAUAUAUUUUAAUGUGAACUGUCACAUUACAUCUUAAGAUUUCUUAUUUCAUACAUAUAGUUCUUACAUGAAUAUACAGUAGAAUAACAGAAAAUUGCAUUCAUUUGGUAUUUACAAAGGACUUCCAUGUACGUCACCUCAUUUUACCUUUAUAGCUAUUCCGACAUACUUAGAUGUGUUAUCCCUUUCAUUCAGAUGAGAAAAUUGAGCCUCACCGAUGUGGAGAUUAAAAUUGCAUAAUUUGUGAAAAAGUGGAUUUGAAUGCACAUCUUCGACUCCAAAUCGUGUUUCAGAUUUUACAGUUAAUCAAAGGUAUCUAAAUUAAAAUUUUAAUUUCAAUUUUUCAUUAAUAUCAUUUACUCAUACAUUCUGUUAAAAUUUUGUUGAGGUAUUAGGACAAGUUAAAAAAAUACAGUCCUAGCCCUCAAGAUGUUUAAUAUCCAUUGAAAGGUGACAGUCAAUAAACCAACAGUUUCAAUACUGCGAUAUGUGUUGUAAGGUUGUCAAAACCUGAUUCUUUGGUUAGUUUAAUUCUUCUAUGCAACUCAUAGCUCACUAUGAAAUUUAAAUAAAAUACCUCAUUUCCUUCAAUUGAGGGAAGACAUUAAACACAUCACAUAAGGUAGCAAUUUCAAACUCAUGAAACUACUCUUUUUGUUUGAUGGUUAUAAUAAAGACUAAGGAAUAACCACACAUUGAGAAAGGUCGAUAACAUUCCAGUUCUUCACUGUGCAUUAUAUUGUUUCAAGUUUACAAAUUCACAGACUAUUAGGCAGCUGUAUUUCACUGUAUGCAUGAAAAUAUUUUUAAAAACAUAAAAAUUAUGUGUGAUUACCUGUGAUUUUGAAUUAUCUAUGGCAGAACACAUUGUCUCCUUUGGUUUUACUGGGGGAAAAAAUGUUGAUUUAGUAAUUUAGAAACAGAAUGACUAGGUAGUUAAAUAAUCAUAUCGUAUUGCCUCUACACGAUUGCUGUCACUCUUAAGCGUUUGUGUAUAGGUUUCUGGGACUUUUAGGCUGCAACCACAAUGAUGAUUUUUAAUAAGUUUUGUUUUCAAUCUAAGCAUUGCUGCUUAACCACAUAUAGGAAAUAUCAGCUGUCAUUUUAUCAAGAAGACAAAUUAGGUUUGGAAAUCAAGUAAAAGAUCAUGACAUGAUUUUUUUUGGAGGUGCCAAUUAUCAAUCAAAAAUUUAUUUAAUUGUAAUUUUAAAUUGUGCAGAGCAGCAUAGUGACUAAAUAUGCUCUACUCUGUUGCUUUAUAAAACACAUGAAAAGUGAUCUUAAACUAGGCUGUAGUGUUUCUACAGAAAGCUCUGCUUUUUCCUGACAUAAAGUCGAACCAGCCUUUAUUUCUGUAUUUCCCUGUACGGAAGAAAAAGGAGCACAUUAAACAUUAAUGAGGAUGUUGCCCUUAACUUUGGAUGUAACAUACUGUAGUUCAAGUACAUAAAAACCUUUAGGGACCUUCGGCCACCUGGAUUUCCCUCUACGGAAUCUCCAGUAACCGAUUUUCUAUAAGUAGAUUUUUGGGGAGAAAUUCAGAGAAACUUAUUCUAUGUCACAUGAUAAAAACAUAAAUAAUACCCGAUGGAUUCAGCAGCUGGAACAUAAGAUGACUGUGACAUCUGAAUUACAUCACCUUACAUCUCAAGUGGGAUUUGAUAUUUGUUUUCACUUGAUUGCCCUAAAGUUAUACUUACAAUGUAUUUAUCCUACUUUUCAUGUGAACUCUUAGAGCAUGCCACCGAUCUGAGGAAGCCCAGCACUUUAUAUAUAAAGUACUCGCAGGUACCUAUCUCUGUUAGUAUGUGUGUGUAUAUAUGGAUCUCUGUGUGUAUAUGCUAAAUGGUAAAAAAUAAAUUUGUAUUUUCUAUGUA